AUGGAGGACUUCCCCACAGCGCAGCUGUUUCUGCUAGCGCUAUGUCGAAUCGCAGAGCCUGUUGCCCUUACGUCUGUCUUCCCCUAUGCAUAUGAUCUAAUGCGACAUCUCAUGGGGGAUGAUACCUCUAACGCGGCCUUCUAUGCCGGUAUUUUCAUCGCCGUGUUUUCCCUCGCUGAAACCUUGACUGGAUUUUGGUGGGGGGCUCUUUCGGAUCGCAUUGGCAGGAAACCUGUCCUUCUACUGGGCUGUGGAGGGACCAUGAUCUCGCUAUUUGUCCUAGGCUUCUCGUCGAAUAUAUGGAUGGCGGUGCUGGGGAGAAUUCUUGGUGGAGCUCUGAAUGGGAACAUUGGAGUGGUCCAGACUAUGGUUGGGGAGAUGGUUACCCGUCCUGAACACGAGCCUCGCGCAUAUGCGGUGAUGCCGUUCUUUUUCAGUAUUGGCUGCACUAUUGGACCCGCGAUUGGAGGUUUCUUUGCCCGUCCCGCUGAUACCAAUUUUCCACUAUUUGGAGACAGUCCACUGUUUGCAAAAUUUCCAUAUCUGCUUCCGAAUCUUGUCUGCGCCGUAAUGGUUUUGGUCACUAUGGUAUUUGCAACCGUGGCUUUGAAAGAGACUCACCCGGAGCUACGACUGAGAAAAACAAAAUAUGGUUUCUGGGGCUAUUGGGAUGAUGAUUCAAGCGAGACACCACUUCUUCGCCCAGAUGCGCCGGAAAGUGAAAAUGGAACUUAUGGGACAGUGGAUGGCGCGGAAUCAAACCGGCGCGCUGACUCCAGUGGGAUGAACCCUUUCAGUGGUCUCGGCAAGAACGUGUGGAUGCUCGUUGUCGCUAUUUGUUUGCUCAGCGCUCAUACUGUCACGUACAUUCAGCUCCUACCGAUCUUCCUGCGAGACGCUCGUGAUGAAAGCGUCCCUCCACAUUACAUAGGCGGAGUUGGUGGUCUAGACAUGAGUCUACCAGAGGUGGGCUUAGUAAUGGGGAUCAAUGGCAUCAUCGGAUUGGUUGUGCAACUUGCCUUCCCUUUCUUCACUGAACUUGUUGGUAUACAAACCACCCUGUUGCUGAUGUCCACACUACACCCUAUCUCAUACUUCUGUGCGCCGUAUAUGGCGUUUCUUCCGGCAAAUGCCUGGCGCGACGUUGGCUUGUACACAUGGUUAACUGUGCGCAGCGUGUUUUCGACUUUCACAUACCCUAUUCUGUUGAUUUAUAUCAAAAGGUGGACACCAGAUACUCUGAUGCUCGGCCGUGUCAAUGGCCUGGUAGCGAGUGCAAGCGCGGCGUGUCGUUCUGUCUCUCCGGCUGCAGCCGGUUUGUCACAGACUAUUGGUCAGAACCAUCACUUCAGCGCUUUAUCGUGGUGGGGAUCAGGGGUACUGGCAUUGAUUGCUGCUAUUCAAUGCUGGUUUAUCCAGACUCCACCAAAAGAAAACAGCGAAUAA